UCUGCCUCAGCUUUUGUCUCGAGCUGCAGUAACACACGCAAUGGUCAGCAUGACAAGCUCACACACCAUGCAGUACAUCGGACUUUUAUUGCUGGCUGCAAUUCUCCUCCAGACAAUAGCCGUGGCUGUAACUUUCAUAUACUUUAGCAACGUUUUAACGACGAUGAAAGAAACCUUCUCCAAGAGCAGUGUUUCGUGCUUGAUGCGCGCCAACCUCAGGACGAUAAAGGGUCUGGAGUUAAACGCGGUGGAGGGAAAAGACGACCCCUGCUGGCAGGUCACGCAACAGCUCCACUUUCUGAUUGAAAAGUCAAUGUCCAGUCAUUAUCAGAAAGAAAUAUCAUCAGCUGUCAAAGAUGAAGUCUCCCGUGUACUUCCUUCAUUGGUGAUUCAAGACCAAGACGAUUCCCCUCGGCCUAAGAUCGCAGCACAUGUGACAGGCAGCUAUAUUCCCGAGACUGAAAAAGAUGGAGGGGGUCUACCGAACAGGAAGGUCUACGGCCAGAAGAUCCAAUCGUGGGAAUCUGAAAAGGGUCUGGCUUUCCUCCAGAAUGUUGAGUUAAGUGACGGAGAAUUGGUGGUGCCACAGGCUGGCCUCUACUACAUAUACUCCCAAACUUACUUCAGACACACACUAAUCGAGGAGGAUAAAAGUGAUAAGGAGGAAGAAGAGGGCAUGUCUGGCGAGUCUGUUCGGGGCAAACCAAUGUUACAGUACGUUUACAAAAAAGUGAGCUCGUACCCAGUGCCUAUUCUGCUAAUGAAGAACGCUAGGACGACGUGCUGGUCCCGAGACUCUGAAUACGGACUUUAUUCCAUCUAUCAAGCGGGGCUUUUUCAGUUAGGAGGUGGGGACAGGGUGUUUGUAACGGUCAGCAAUGUGAGCACUGUCGACAUGGACGAGAAGUCGAGUUUCUUCGGUGCAUUCUUGGUAAGCUAAGCACAAAAGUGAUGCACAUUGGAAAAACGCUCAUCGCGGUUUGUUUGAGUGCCACUCUGCAAGAUGAGCGACAAGACUCAGCUUGCUCGGUAUUUUACCACUGCUAUCUUUGAAAGGCAGCCAAAUGCCUUAAAACAUUUGGAUGUGAUCGCUGAGAUGUACUGUCUUUUGCCAAAACAUUUAACCUUGAUUGAUGAGACGUUUGAAAGAUGCAAAUAUUUGGCACUUUUUUUCAAACUCAUCCAGCAAUAUAUCAGUUUCUAGGGGAAAUGUCGUUGGAAUGGAAUGCCCUGUGAAAGUAGAGGCAAGAACUCAUCACAUCUGCCUGCAGGGGCAAAGAAAAGCGAUGGGCUUGUCAGGUUAUUUGGAUGCAAGUUGUUUGGACGUGGUGGAUCACUUUGUGUGUCUGUUUGGGCAGGAAAGGUGUGACUAUUACUACAAGCUUUAAGCUUUUUCUGCUUGCUUCCAUCUUCCUCCUCCUGUGACUUCAUGUAGCAAUUUAAUUUUCUUCAUAUGUGUAAAAAGCAGAACCAAACUGCAUAUUGGGAUGUUGAAAUACAGGAAAAGAGAUUUUUUCAUUGUUUCAGCUUUAAAGGUUAUGUGUGUAAUUUGUAGCGUCACCAAACAGAAUUGCACAAUUAAUUACUUGUUCUGCUGAACACUCCACCCAUCUUCCAUUUGUUGGACAAACAGAUAGUCCCACCACAAACUCACACAAUUGGUUGCUGCGUCGUGCUGGUCGGGACGCUCAAACAUACAGAACGAUGUUUUGAAAGAACCAAAGAGCCACAGUGUUCUACUUUUUGGCAAAAUCAACCUACAAAUUCAGCCAUUCUUAUGCUUCUUACGACUACUUUUAUACUGUAGAAUAUUGAAUCUACUUAUUAAGCUGGGAUAGGAGAAAGUAUUUUAACACUUCACCUUUAAGAAUGGCCCAAACUUACACAGUUUUGUGAUUUAAUGACUGUAUUUUAUAAAUCAUUUCUUGAUUGUAUACUUGUGGUAUUGUGAUUGUCAGUAUCGGCACUAUUACUUUGUGUCUGGAUGUGUGAGUACAGUAUGUGUGUUAUUUUUACUACAUAAUUCAUUGCGAAUGUUCACCAGCACUCCUGUCAUUUUGGUCAGCAUGAAUCUUUUACUGAAGAUAACCUAAAUGUGAAAAUCACUGUGACGUUAGCUUUAAAAUGGUAAAUCGUCUUGUACAUAAUUGUUUUUGUAUAUACAUUUACCAAUGCCAAACACAUACUGACGAAUGUACAGACAUACAAAUGCUACACCUGAGACCACACUAAAUAAAGUCUUUA